AGGCAGUAGAAGAAAAACAAUCUAUUGGGACCUUUUCAGAUAUUCCUGUUACUAUAGGUAUUGGAAAUGAUACUUUAACAGUUUCUGAUGAGUUUUCUGUUUUACCAACAGAAAAAGAUAGCAAUGUAAAAAGUGAGUUUACUGCAUCAGCUAAUGGAAAAAGUAUUACUAUUCCACUUUCUGUUUAUAAUAAAGAUGAGGAAGCAAACUGA